AUGGCGCUGCUGGCCAAGCACCUGCUGAGGCUGCUGCCCGCAAACAACAAGAUCGAGACCGGGCCCUUCCUGGAGGUGGUGUCCCACCUGCCACUCUUCUUUCAUUGCCUUGGGUAAUGAAAAGAUUUAAAUGUGUUUACGCCCAUCAAGGCAGACAUAAAUGGUAACAUUAUGAAAAUCAAACUUAUGUACAACACCGCCCCGGCCAAGUUCCUGACCCUGCAGGACAUCCUGGAGGCGGAGAAGGGAAUGUAUGGAGCAGAGUGGCCCCAAGUGGGAGCCACGCUAGUGCUGAUGUGGCUGAAAAGGGGCCUCCGCUUCAUCUGGGUCUUCCUGCAGUGCAUGUGUGAUGGGGAGCAGGACGAGAGCCACCCCAAGUUCAUCUGCCUCAAUGCCACCAAGGCCUAUGAGGUGGCGCUCAAGACGUACCACGGCUGGAUCAUGCAGAAGACCUUCCAGGCAGUGCUGUAUGCCGCGCCCUACAAGUAUGACUUUCUGAAACCGCUCGCCAAGGGCCAGAACGUGACGGAGGAGGAGUGCAUGGAGAAGGUCCGCCUGGUCCUGGUCAACUAUGUGGCCACCACUGACGUCAUCUACGAGAUGUACACCAAGAUGAGCGCUGAGCUCAACUACAAGGUGUAGGCGUGCCCAGCAGCCGGCACUCCCAGAAACAGAUGAGCCAGA